CGCCUGUCGCGGGUCCACCGAUAGUUUCGCGCUGUUUUAGCCGCUCCACACCUGUCGUGAAGUUGGCAGGGUGUCCUAUUCACGGCGCACAGUUGUACCAGUCCCCCUUGCACUGCGCCUGUCGGCAGCGGCGGCGGUCGCAGCCACCGCUCGGGCAAACGACUGCCUGAGCACAAGCGACUUUCAAGUAGGGAGGACAUCAAACAAAACACACAACCUGCCAGGGCUCGAGGUCCCCCUGGCAUUAUGCCCGCCCUCAGUGCGCUAUUGUUCCUCGAUGCACGGGGGAAACCGGUGCUGCAGCGUGACUACAGGGGUGAUGUGCCGCUGGCUAAGGUGGCGGAGCGCUUCAUGGCCAAGCUGAAUGAGCUGGAGGAGACGGGCGGCGCGGCGCCCAUCUUGCUAGAUGGUAACCUCAGCUAUGUGUAUGUCCAGUACUCCAACCUGUACGUGCUGGCGGUCACCAAGGCCAAUGUCAACGCUGCCGCCACGCUCGUCUUCCUGCACAAGCUCAUAGAGAUUUUCAAGCACUACUUCCACGAGGCAAGCAGGGAGGAGUCGCUGCGUGACAACUUUGUGAUCGCAUACGAGCUGCUGGAUGAGCGCAUGCUUCUGUGCUGCCCCUGCACCACCCCCACUGCCCACCCGCAGUUCACCGAGGCCAAGAUCCUCUCAGAGUACAUCAAGACCGAUGCGCACCGGCUGGCGGUGCAGGCGCGGCCACCCAUGGCGGUCACCAACGCGGUGUCUUGGAGGCAGGAGGGGCUGUAUUACAAGAAAAACGAGGUGUUCCUGGAUGUGGUGGAGAGUGUCAACCUGCUGGUCAACAGCAACGGCACCGUCGUGCGCAGUGAGGUGGUGGGCGCACUCAAGAUGCGCGCGUACCUCAGCGGCAUGCCCGAGUGCAAGUGUGGCGUGAAUGACAAGGUGCUGUUUGAGGCCCAGGGGCGCACGGGGCGGCAGAAGGCUGUGGACCUGGAGGACAUGAAGUUCCACCAGUGCGUGCGCCUCGCCUCUUUUGAGCGCGACCGCACCAUCUCCUUCAUCCCGCCAGAUGGAGCCUUUGACCUCAUGACAUACCGGCUGAGCCAGAACAUCAAGCCUCUGAUCUGGGUGGAGUGCCAGGUGGACAAGCACAGCCGCAGCCGCACUGAGUACUUGGUCAAGGCGCGGAGCCAGUUCAAGGAGCGCAGCACCGCGACGUCUGUGGAGAUCCUGCUGCCGCUUCCGCCAGACGCCAUCUCGCCCACCGUGCGCACAUCGCAGGGCACCGCAGUGUAUGCACCUGAGAAGGAUGCGUUGGUGUGGAAGAUCAAGAACUUCCCAGGCGGUCGUGAGUUCUUGCUGCGCUGUAAGUUUGGGCUGCCAUCUGUGGCAGCGGAGGACGAGGCGCAGGGGCGGCUGCCACCCAUCAAGGUCAAGUUUGAGAUCCCCUACUACAGCGUCAGCGGCAUCCAAAUUAGGUAUCUCAAGGUCAUCGAGCGCAGUGGAUACCAGGCGCUGCCCUGGGUGCGGUACUUGACGCAGGCUGGGUCAUAUGAAAUUCGCAUGGGCGGCACCUGAGCUUGGGCACGGCUAACACAUCUGGUGGCUUCAAAGCAUCGCCCGCAUGCUAGUCUGCAUCGCGCGGCAACCUGACCUGCUGGCAGUGGCCCUUCAUCCCCAAGGGGAGCGAGUCAGAGCCUCGCUGGCACUGACCUGAUGAAUUUUGUGUGUGGACCGCACAUCCAUUAAAUUGCGCCUCCAGC